AUGCUGCGACGCUCUAUAGCCUCAGUUGGCACCUCGGCCGCGGCUUUGUCCCGCUCGACCCUUGGCAAUACCGCAAGUCGCAUUCAUCCCGGCUGUCAGCUCUGCCUGUCGACUCCGCAAUCUUCUUCCUCGUCUACAGCCAGCCCAUCGGUACGAAGCUUUGCAAGCUCAGCAUUGACCUCAAGGGGCAGAUACGAUAGCGGAUUCAUCCAGCGCUCCGCUAAAGGCGAGCCAACACCCGGCCUCGUGCCUCGAUGGGGCCAGAAGGGUUCGGUCACGACCAACGACCGCAAUGCGAGAGGCAAAGGUGGCAAGAACCCGCGUUUUCAAAGGGGAAAGUUCCAAGGCAAAGGCACAAAGAUCAAGAAUGUAGACUUUUCCAUUCCAGAUCCACCGACCGCACAAGAGGUGGGGAGGAAGCUGGUCGAGCGCAUUACUGCAAUGACGAAAGAUCCCGAAUUGCCACUCCAGCUAGUUGCUUACGGCGUCAAGGACAGGCCAGCGCAGAUGCUGCUGCAAUCUUGUAUUGAGGAUGCUGGAGGUAGGCCAUCAAUAUCUGCUAGAGGGUCGGGGAAGAUGACCAGAGCGGAGAAUGCAGCAACAGCUAUCAGACUCUUUCAAAUAUGGUCCGAGUCGGCCAAAGAUUCGAUCCCGGACCUGGCCAUUUUGCAUGACUCCGGCAAGCCUGCACACCUAGAUUCCUUUUCGUAUCUCUCAGAUGCACUCUCGUCGUACAUGAUCGAAGGCGAAGAGUGCCUCGGGCGCUUCUGUGUCUCGGCCUUCCUCGACUGGGUAGAUCGCGGAUUCACCAGCCUCGACGCCUCCUCCACUAUGACCGCGGCAGAGAAAGCGGAGAUCUCGCUCGUGCGCUCGCAGCUCUCCUUGCUACGAUCCAACAUGGACCUUCGCUUACCUGUUCAUCGAUACCCGCGCGCUCGGAGCUUGAUCAGAAACAUUCAUCUCCACGUCGGCCCCACCAACUCGGGCAAGACCCACGGUGCACUCGUAGCACUCUCCAAGGCACGCACGGGCAUCUUUGCAGGUCCACUCCGACUGCUCGCUCACGAAGUAUGGGAUCGAUUCAACAGCGGAACUGUGUCUCCCAAUGUGGCUGCCCGAGCGUGCAACCUGGUCACGGGCGAAGAGAAACGCACCGUCGACCCACUGGCAGGACUCACGAGUUGCACAGUCGAGAUGGUCUCGACCAUGCGCGCUGUCGAAGUCGGAGUCAUUGACGAGAUCCAGAUGAUCGGAGACGCGCAACGCGGAUACGCAUGGACCAACGCCGUGCUCGGUCUACCCGCCAAAGAGCUCCACCUCUGCGGAGAGGCUUCCGUCAUCCCGCUCAUCCAGAACAUCGCCGACGCCUGCGGCGACCACCUCACCGUCCACCGCUACGAUCGUCUCACACCCCUCAGCGUCGCCGACGAAUCCAUCCACGACGAUCUCGGUCAGAUCCAAAAGGGAGACUGCGUCGUCGCAUUCUCGCGUUCGGGGAUCUUUGCGCUCAAGCGAGAUAUCGAAAAGCAAACGGGUUUGCGAUGCGCGGUGGCCUACGGUGCGCUGCCGCCGGAGACAAAGUCGGAGCAAGCCAAGCUGUUCAACGAGGGGAAACUCGACGUCAUGGUUGCUAGCGAUGCGAUCGGGAUGGGUCUCAACCUGCGCAUCAAACGGGUCGUGUUUGACACGCUGAGCAAGUGGAACGGAAAGGAAGAAGUGAUCCUCUCGGCAAGCCAGAUCAAACAGAUCGCAGGUCGCGCAGGUCGGUACGGCACGCAAGACAAGACCGCUUCAGGCAAAACCGAUCUCGGAGGUCUCGUCACCACCCGGCACGAACAUGAACUCGAGAUCCUUCGUGCAGCUCUCGCAUCCCCCUUGCUUCCCAUCACACGAGCUGCCAUCCAGCCAUCCUCGGAAACUCUCAGCCAGCUAUCCGCCAUGCUGCCGAGCGUCGACGGGAGGUCCGGUCUACGAACGCUGUCUCAGCUGUAUGCGGAUGUAGCGCUGCUUUCGCGCAUCGAUUCCGAAAACUACUUUCUCUCGGAUUUCAGCCAGCAACUCACCAUCUCUCCGCUCAUCGAAACCGCUUCUGCCGGCAUGCUCACCGUUGCUGAACGAGAGACGUUUUCGAAUGCGCCGGCAAACACGCGCGAUGAACGGGUGGUGGCGUUCCUGUGCAAUUCGGUGCGACAGUUCUCCCGCGGAGGCUUGGUGGAUUUCGACACCUGUGCUGCCGACCUCGGCAUGCUCGAGGUCGAGGAAGAGAUUCUUGACCUAUUCGACCAGGCUCUCGCAGCUAAAUCACGUCUCGCAUCCGACUCGAAAGACGAUGCGGAGUUACCGCUAUUCGCAUACCUCAACAUGAACUCCUCUUCCGCAAAGCGAGUCGUUCUAGUCAAGCUUCAAAGGGUCAUCGUGCGGUCGAGCAGGCAUUUUGAUCGGGACGACGUGAUAGCGGAGAAAAGAUUGGAUCUCCGAUCUCUUCAAGAAAGCGGCAGCGGGAACGGCUUCCAUUGUCAAUUCAGCCGUCGGCGAAGUUUACCAAAUCGCGUGAAAAGAAAAGAUGAAUUUGAACAGAUUUGGGGCAGCACAGCGCACUGUGUCCCGUAG